AUGAUCAAGGCCAUCGUCUCACUGGCAUCUCUGCUUCUUGCUUCCACUGUCUCGGCAGCCCCCGCGCUACAAAAAAGGGACGACAUCGACCCUGAUAUUUUGCAGUUCGCCUUGACUUUGGAACAUCUGGAGAACGCCUUUUACAAGCAAGCAGUAUCAACCUGGUCCGAGGAUGACUUUAUCAAAGCAAACUUCACCGCCGACUUCUACUCGCAGUUGAAAUACAUUACGCACGACGAGGAAACACACGUUGUGUUUUUGGAAAAGGCACUCCAGGCGGCAGGAGUAACUCCCGUUGCUGCAUGCACCUAUAAGUUUCCCAACACCAACCCUCAGGAGUUUGUGGCCUUGGCUGCUACCGUUGAGGGUGUGGGAGCGUCGGCUUACCUGGGAGCAGCUCCUUUGGUGACGUCGAAGACUUACUUGACGGCAGCUGCUUCCAUUCUAGUGACAGAGGCAAUUCACCAAAGUGCUCUCCGCAACGCUGCUGGCGAGGUGCCUAUGGCCAACCCAUUUGGAACACCUUUGGGCAUUAAUGCCGUGUACUCCAUAGCAUCUGCAUUCAUUGAGUCCUGUCCUUCAUCGAACGCUCCUUUGCCUGUCAAAGCUUAUCCCGGCCUCACUGUCACGCAGGGCAUGCCAGUCGCCGAGAACAUUUCCGUGUCAUUUUCUGUUGCCGGUCAACUUCCAUCGUCCCAGUCGUACGUUACAUUUGUAAGUGGUUUGGAUAUUUUGCCAGUCGAAGGAACCGUUUCCGACAACAUGAUCUCAGCCCAAAUCCCAGCACAGGCUCGCGGCCAGACUUAUGCAUUUGUCACUUGCGACAAUUCUGGAAACCUGACGGACUCCAGUAUUCUAUUCGGUCCAGCAAUCCUUCAAGUGACACCACCUAGCCCAACUUUCGACCUCUCUAUCAAAUGA